AUGGAGCGGGGCCCUCUUCCGCCGACGUUCACAAGUGUCUACCGCCUCUUCCUCAGGGCGUCCUCCGCCGCCGUCCUCCACCACAAGGUCGCCACCCGCCACCUGCGCCUGCUGUGGCGCCCCACCUUCCGCGAGGCCGCGCGCGUCAUCCGCACCCUGCAGGACCCCGCGCUCGGCACCGACGAGCGCGCGCGCUGCGAGCGGUGGCUGGCGCGCUGGGACACCACCGUGGACGACACCCUCGCGCUGCUGUACAGCUCCGCGCGCUCGCGCGGCCUCGCGCACAGGCUCACGCGCAACCUCUCCUUCACGGCGCACGACUUCCACGGGUGGCACGACCGGCGCCUCAACAAGCCCGCGCCCGCGUGGAACCCGCACGCGGACAAAUUCGCCGCCCGCAAAGGCAAGUUCGCGGCGCCGGCCCAGACGACGGCCCAGACAGCCUUGGCGACUGCGCGCGCGGGCGCGCGGGACAGGAGGCGCGCUAGCGCGGCGGGCGGCGGGGUGGAGUGGAGCGCGCUUGCGGAGGUUGUGCGGAUGGCGGAGGGCGCGGCUGGGAUCUCGCUGGGGCGGCUGGAGUUUUUCCGCAGGAGGGCGUAG